UUAUUGUGACUGAAGAGUAACUACGGAACCAUACUCUGAGCAUGGCCCGACAUGCUUUUGGCCGGUUUUUUAAAGUGUCGGUGAUGGAAAUGGUUUAAGCGAAAGGGUAUAAAGAUAGCAUGGAAUCUCUUUUAGCUAGCUCCUUGAAAAAAUGAAAGAAUCGGCUGGAAUGCGUACAAAUCUCGCAAACAAUAAGACAUCAAAGCUGUGUAUUUACAAACAAAAUGUCUUACAUUACAAAGCGAAAAAUCGAUCGCAAAUUGUCGACUUUUCUUGCCAGACUUAAUCGUCAUGGCGGUGGUAACGUACUUGUUUAAAGCCAUCAAACGUAUAGGCAUCUUUUUUGUAAUAGUUCUUCUAACGACCCUCGCUCUGCUUUCAAUUGAAGACGAAGAAGAUUAUAUCACAUUAGACACAACGACAGAAACAGUAACAUAUAAGACGGGAAACGAUAAUACAAAAUAUAUACUUCUAUGGACGGAUCCAAAAGCAUCGCCUUUUAGCUAUUUCGGCAAAGGUUCAUAUACAUUUAGAGAGAAAUCCUGCAAAUAUAUGAAUUGCUACGUGACCGGAGACAGGGAUGAAUUGGGAGAUAUAUCUUUAUUCGAUGUACUUUUAUUCAACGGUCCUCAACUACCAAAAAUGUUUAAAAUGUACGAUUUUCCAAACAGUCGUUCUGCGAGACAAAAAUACGUAUAUGCUAAUAUAGAAUCAGCGCAAAAUUAUCCAUUAUGUAACUUCAAUGGAUUCUUCGACUUGACUUGGACUUAUAGAUUAGACUCGGACAUCAACUGGGGUUAUUUUGUCGUUAAAGACAACACUGGACAUGUGGUGGCGCCAAAAAUAGAUGUUACUUGGGUGAGAUGGGAAAAUAUGAAUAGUAUCAGCGAAAAAUUUAAAAUGAAAUUGAGAAAUAAGACCAAAGCGGUAGCUUGGUUUGCGACAAAUUGUGUUACUAAGAGUCGUAGAGAAGAUUUUGUGAGGAAAGUGACUGAUCAUUUACAUAAUUAUACUUUGAGCGUAGAUGUAUAUGGCGCGUGUGGGACGUUGCAGUGCCCCUCAUUUAUUAACAGACAGUGUCUGAGGUUAUUGGAGAAGGAGUACUACUUUUAUUUUGCGUUUGAGAAUUCUUUUGGCGAAGAUUAUGUGACUGAGAAGAUUCUGACUGCUUACAAACAUAAUACGGUGCCGGUGGUGUAUGGAGGAGCGAAUUACUCGAGGUAAGUAGACUCGAUUUUCGAGGUCCCACAUCUGAGAUUCGGUGCAAGUUUUUAGACUCCAAUCCUUGUUUUAUACGUGUCUCUACCCUCUGGACAUAGAUGAAUAGGACGUGUCAAUUGGGGUAUUUCUAAACUAUGUACAAAGUCUUAUUCCAAACGACACCGUGUUACCGGAGAUAUUACUGAUUUACGAUGUAACACUUCGGAACAGGCUGUAUGUAUCUACACGGUAAAUAAAUAGUAUGUCAUGUCAUUGUGAACUACUAAUACAGUAUACUCCUAUUUAAUGAUGAUUUAUUUGAAUUAAUUUAACUUUCAAAAUAUUGUUUUAAUGUUUAUCUAAUCAAAUAAUUUGCAAUAUUAGAACAAUCCUCAGAAGGAACUCUACUCGGGAUCUCGGUCAAUGUCCAGAGAGUAGAGACACGUUGUAUAUCUG